AUUUCAGCUUCCUUAAUAACUAAGAAAAUGGAUACAGAUAAUAAAGAAAACAAUAAAUAUAGUGAAUCAUUUCUUAAAAAAGUUUCACAAAACAGAAAGAUAGAUUGCAGUGACGACACAACUAUUUUUUUCCGCAAUGUUAUGAAAGAAAUAAUGCUAUGUGGUACUCAGAAAGAAAUUAACUAUAAACCUUUUGUUUCUACCAAUGUAAUAAUAAAUAGUCCAGGUAAUGCCAUGGAUACCUCAAGAGCUCCAUUUUGUGAAAAUAGCAAAAAACAAAAAAAAUUUUGUAUGGGUCCCCCUGAGACCAUUAAAUUCUAUGCCCAACAUAAACUACCCGCAAUGUCAAGUGCACAUUUACAAGAAUUAUCUUUAUCUUUUCUUCGUAAUCAACAUUCAAGUAAAAGUGGCACCGCAACGUUUGUGACAUCUAAUAAAUUUCUGGAAACUACUCAAAAAACAUUACAGACAAACGCAAACAUUGUACAGCGUACAGAUUCAUUUAUGGAAGACACCUUAAUUCGUUCUUGUACCCAAGAAAUCGAUGACUUCAAACCACAAUUCAUGUCUACUCCCAAAAAAGAUCUCCAGGAAGCCUCUCAGUACCAAAAACCACAUGAUAAUAGUUCAUUUAGGUCAACACGAAAGCUUGUCAAAAACCAUCAGAUAAAGCGACAGGUUAAGAAGAGAGUAACCAGGUAUUUUAAUCAAAGCAAAACUAAUAAAGAAAUUAAACACAAAUCUUUUAGUGGGCGAUUCUUUGACGCUAUCAAUACUUCUUGCACUACAUUGGUAAAAACUGUAAAAAACAUUUUUAGACCGAAAAAUACUUUGCUAGAAACAAAAGAUAAUCCUUUAAAUAGAACAAAUCGAGACAUGUCCUGUAGUUACAGUUUCACAAAUUAUAUGCGUAAAAGAGAUGCAGUUAUAAAAGACAAUUAUAAAGAAGAUACUAAUAAGGGCUUAGUUAACACAAAAGACAAUAUCCAAGAUGUUAGUAUGGAGAUAAACAAUUCUUGUAAGACAUGCAAUGAUACAGUUACGCUCAAACGAAAAUUAAGAAAUGAUGACCACUUGAAGAAAACUCUAAGAAAACUCAAACUAGGAAUUAAUUUGUAUGGAUGUGAUUUUAAGGUAAUAAAAUUUUUAGGUAUGUGAAAUAUACGUAAUUAAAAAAUUCUAAUACAUAUUUUUUAUUUCAGAAAAUUUCUCGUGCAAUGU